AAAAAAAAAUUAUAAAUCAUCGACGAAAGACACCGACAGCCAUAGUCCCAGCCAAAACAGAAAAAAAAAACAAGAAACAAAAACCAGGAAAAACUAAAAGAACAAAUCAUCAGCAUUAAAAAAUCUCAGUCAGUAUCAGAAUCAUCAUCGUCAUCGCUAUCGUCCAUUGCUAACACCACCACCACUACCACUACCACCAACACCUCCAUAGCCAUCGUCAUCAUCAGCGUGUUAGUGUUGUAGUAGUUGCCCGUACAAAUCCAACACCGAUUCCCUUAUCCUCGUCCUCGUCACUUCCGUCGUCAUCAUGGCUACCAUUAACUCGGUUACCAAAAGUAUUCACCUGCCAUUGACCACAAGUUUAUCAUCGGCGCCCCGGGUGCUGAUGUGUAGUGCUUCUGUGGGCACCGAAGCCUCUGUGACACUUCAUCUGAGAGAUGUCAAUUCCAAUGAUUCCAAUCAGUCGUCCGCCUCAUCAGCAGCCUCCCAUUACAUUGGUCACACAACGUCAACAGCACCCCAACAACAACAUCAACACCCACACCAGCAUUCGACACAUCAGCUACAGCAACAUCAGACCACAACACCUGCCCAGUCACAGACGACAAAUGCCCAAACAGCCACGACACUGGAUAAUGCAUUAACCAUUGGUUAUCCAGAUCCAGAAAUGUUGGCUGAUGUCUUGGGAACAUUACAAACAGCGUCAUUGAAAAAUACCAGUGUCAGUGCCAGUGAAAGUACAAAAGUGAAUUCCUCAAAAUUGAAUGGCUCCACCAGUUCCAGUAGCAACCAAAACAGCAACAGUGAUACAAUAAUCCACACAAGUUUAAAUGGUUCUCUGAAGAACCGCAUUACCAUUAGCAAGCGUACCUCCCCCAAUAGCAGCAACAACAACAACAACACCGGCAACAAUGUAACCAACAUUGGCAGCAGUAGUAGCCACCGUGUCAUAGCCUCCUCGGUGCAGACGGUCUCCACGUCGACGAAUACAACAACCACCAGUGUCAAUAAGACCAACAGCUACAUCAAGAAUUGCCUGAUACGCAGCAGCAGUUGCAGCAACACAACCAACAUUACAUCCCUGGCUCAGAUAAUGAGCAAUAGUAGUACGUCAUCAUCAAAUGGCAGCAAUAGCAACAACAAUAACUCAAACAGCAACAACAACCACAACUCUUUGAAUUCCCAAAAUCAUUCGAACGGUACUUUGUUACAACAACUUAACAACCCAGCCAGCAACAACACGAAUAGCUGCAGCAACAGCAAUUUCAGCUCCAGCAGCAACGACAGCUGCUUCAGCUACAGCAGCAAUAGCAGCAGCGGUAACUCGAUUGCCCGCAGCAUAACUUCGUUAAGUCACGGUGCAAGAAAAGUUCCUUGUGGCCCACUGUCAUCAUCGCCGUUAUCACAAUCCGCAGCAGCAGCGGCAGCGGGAGGAGCUGCAGCAGCGGCGUCAGCUGCAAAUAGUAACGCUGCAAAUUCAGCGAAAAUUUUAAAGAAAAAUCGCUCAAAGAUAUCGGCGCCCAGUCGUCACGGUCCACAACAGUGUCAGAUUUGUAAUAAAAUUUUUGGAAAUGCAUCUGCCCUGGCCAAACAUAAACUGACGCACAGCGACGAACGGAAAUACGUUUGUGUUAUGUGCUCGAAGGCAUUUAAGCGACAAGAUCACUUAAAUGGACAUAUGAUGACCCAUCGGAAUAAAAAACCAUACGAAUGCAAAGCUGAAGGUUGUGGCAAAUCGUAUUGUGAUGCACGUUCCCUGCGACGACAUACGGAAAAUCAUCACGCCGGCAUUGUAACGCCACAUCAAAAUCAAACUCUGUCUGGUUCCCAAAAUAAUAAUUCCAAUUCAAAUCUAAGUUUAUCCCCUGCCACGGCAAACGGUGAUGCCAGUUCACCGGACGGUGCCACCUGUCUAGGAACAUAUCUGUCGAACGGUGGCACAGUGGUAGAUGCCGCCACUGGUAUAGCUUUAACCGAAGAAGAAUUGAAAGCUUUAAAUGUACCCUUGAAGACAACAGGUGUUACCCUGCUGUCACCCACCUCUACAACAUCCUCAAUGUCGUCGACAAGUAGUAUAACCUCUGGCCCGGGGGCCACAAUAACCCUGACCGAUAAUAGUGGCAAUUUGGAAGGAGAUGGUCUGACACGUGAACAAUUGGAUUUGAUAAGUAAAAUUAUGCGACAAACCAAGCAAACAACGGCCCAGGUUACCGUCUCAUCACCCACGAGUUCUCAGUCAUAUAAAAUUGAUACAAAUCCCCAGCCGGCCGUAGUGGCAAAUCAACAGCAGCAGCAGGCGCCAAGACCCAGGACAUGGAAUAUGCAAUUGCUCAACUCCUCCCAAAAUGUGGCCAUAACCGUAGAUGAAAUCACCACAGAUUCGAGUGCAUCAGGUGAAGCGGCCUCUGUGGUCACCACCAAAGUCAAAGAGGAAGAAAUCGAUAUUGACCUCUCCAAUGCCAUGUCAAAUCCUCAACUCUUUAAUUUGGUGAAAAUCGAUCAAAAGCCCGUCGAAUGCAAUCUUUGCCAUCGCAAAUUUAAAAAUGUACCCGCCUUGAAUGGCCACAUGCGUCUGCACGGUGGCUACUUUAAAAAGGAUCCCGAAACGAAGAAAAGCGAAAAGAAAGAAAACAAUGGCCCACCCCUGCAGACGGCGAGCAUUGGUGUUCGGGCUUUGAUCGAGGAGAAAAUCAUCAGCAAAAGGAGUAAAGAUUUGAAUAAGGGUGCCUUUGCCGUUCCUGCUCCGCCCUCAAACAACAAUCAAGGCAAUCCAACAACAAUGCGACGAUCAAUUAGUGAUUUGGACAGUUUUCUGAAUCCCAAACAGAAUACAAUAAACGGGCAGCAGAAUCACCAACAACAGCAGCAACAGCAACAACAACAACAAAUGACAGCAACUUCAACAACCACCACAACAACAAAUAUUAAAAAUUCCCCCAAAACCAUGCUCAAUAUGCCUGACAUGAAUCUACCACAAAGUAUAGAGAUUUACAGCAACAACAAUAACAAACCACAACAACAACAACAAAAGACAAUGAACAACAUAGGUGUGGGUACAACCACUGCCUCUACGUCCACAAAUUCAACGAAACUCCAGGCCAUAACAUCCAGCUCAGCAGCAGCAGCGGGAGCAGCAACAACGAUCAAUACAACGACCUCUCGUUCCACAUCAACCGAUCCCAAAGACUCAACCCUCAUAGAAUUGUUGAAACGUGGCACCCGCAUAGCGGUGACCCAGAAACAAUCCAAUCCCAAUAUGCCGCUGGGCGGAAUAUCACGUCAGAUAAUUACGAAUAAAAACAAUUGCAGUGUCAUAAUACCCUCAGAGGUGCAGGUGGUCACCACCAAAGGGAAAAUGAAGAAACCCGCCGAUGAACAACAAAUGUCACAGCAGCAGCAACACCUUCAGCAGCAGCAGCAACAACAUCAGAAUCAAAAUAGCAACACCACCACGACAAAUCUAACUCUGGCCGAUGGCACUCCCUUGUCGCUGACCAUUGCCCAGGGAUCGGACAGCAACAGUGGUGAGGUGUAUACGGUCACCUAUACAAGUGAGGCUGCUGGGGGCUUGUUUGGCGAUGCUGAGGUCUAUAAUGUCAGUGAGGCUGAAAUGUUGCUGCAAACCGUGGACACCAUGCAAUUGCUGAGCGAAGAGGCCAACAAUGCCGCUGAUCAUGGUCUAAAGCUGGAGAGUAAUAGCCUUAAUACCCCACCCACAACCUCUGAACAUUCCGAACACUUUGAGGUUAUGGAGAGUAGUAAUACGAGUGGUGGUAAUAUUAUGGACUCUCAGCAGCAGCAGCAGCAGCACUAUCAAAAUACCUGCCAACAACAGCAACAACAACAAACUUUACCAAAUUUCCAACAUUUCCAUUCCAAAGAGCAGCUGAUCAUGCAGAAUUCUUCGUCAUCCAUGUCCACGUCGUCAUCGUCUAUCCUUAGUCAAAACAACCUGCGUUCCCACACCUUGAGUUUGCCAAAUGAUUUGAAGGGCCAUCAAUUUGCUGGAAAUUUAAAUUCUCCACUGCACUCGCCCCUGGCCUAUCCCACACCCCCCUCGAGCCAUGAAAAUGUUACCCAAACUUCGCCCUACAUUGAGGACAAUCAUCAUUUUGGCGAUAAUCAAAACAUUUUCUUCAAUGAGUCCCUGCUGAGCGGUGGGGGUGGUGGCGGCGGUGGUAACAAUGGUCCCGGUGAUCAGGAUAAUGAUGGUGGCUUGAAAUUGAAAAAUGUCCUCGAGGACCAUUCCUUCGAUUCCAACAUCAAGGUGGAAGAUUUGCUGAGUGGCUCUGGGGCCGACACCGAAUGUGAUUUGCGGGAAUUUGCCUUUCUCGACGAAGAUCAAGAAUUCCUAAGCGAUUCCAGAAAUGCCACCUCGCCCCUGUCCGAGUCCUUUUUUACCAGUGGCAUUGGCACCGCCGAGGAGGUGAAGGAAGUGUUACGGGAGGUCCUCACGGAUGAUCAAAUUAAUUUGAACUGUGAAAGUCAACAGGAAAAUAUCAUCGAUUUGUAUUAUCUGCCGGGCCUGAGUCUGCAAUCGCAAAUGAUGCCCAACUCCGAGGACCCACUGCUUUCGUCGUCACCCCGCGAUUUUGGUCAACUGAAAAUUGUCAAUUCCAUGCAACAGCAACAACAACAGACACAGCAAAUGCCAAACAUUCCUCAACAACAACAACAGCAACUUCAGCAACACUUGAGCCAAAACCUGGGCUACAGCCAUCAAGGAGUUUCCAGCCAACAACAACAACAACAGACGUCUCUCAAAUUGAGCCUGGAUGGUGGCCAGGUGUCCACCACCAACGAUGUGAAUCAACUGAUUUUGAGUUUACCCCCAAAUAACCUACAAAGCUCCCCGAAUGUGUCCACCACCACCAGCAGCACAACAACAGCAGCAACAACAAUACAUUAUAAUGUACAAACAAUAACAACAACACCACAAGUACAAAGCUCCCAAAACCCAGGAAAUGCACAGAUAUCCCAACAGCAGCAACAACCACAUUUUAUGGCUUCUUCCCAGCAGCAGCAGCAACAACAACAACACAUCAACUCUCUCAACGAGGCCUUAAUGCAACCAAUAAUCUAUGCCACCAGUGGUACCACCGAUAAAAUUGAAAUCAAAUUAGAAGCGCAACCCGAGGCCAUUUCCAGUAGCUGCGGCAGUAGUGGUGGCAGCAAUCACCUGAACGCCCCGGCACAACAUCAGUCCAGCAAUCGAAUAUUGGCUCCCUCACGGAGUGGCCACACAUAUUCCUCCCUGCAUCACUCCACAUCUACGUCGUUGCAACCCCUCUCCAAUCAAACAAAUUCCAUACUCAAAAGACGCCUGAAGGCCGGAGGUUUGCAUUCUUCGUCCCACGACUCCUCCAACUCCCAAUCAUAUUCCAAAUAUCAGGCCCUCUCGCCCUACAAAUCGAAGUUGCGCAAACCCUCCAGGACCCACUAUACACCGGCACCCAUCCUUAAUCCAGAACGCAAGGGUCAUGGGCUCUAUUGCAACGUUCUCAAGGAGCUGGGUUGCUCUCUGCUCUCCUUUGACAAUUUCGAUGAUUUUGACGAUGACCCCGUGGGUUUGGUGGAUUUCUCGGAUGAGUCCAAGGUGAACUUGGGCUCCGCCUAUCAGGCUGCGAUACCUGCAUUUAAUCAGCCCACCCAGACGGCUGACAUCGAAGAAACCGUAACGGCGGAGUUGAUGUGGCGUCCAGAAUGCCAGCCAGAUGAGAAAAUUCUAAUGCGUUUCAUCGACUUGAGUAAAUCUUCGGCCGUGCCUCUGGGUAGCCACACAGAAGAGGUGGCUCUACACACAUUGCUACAGGCCCAAGGCAAUACGGCCACGGCAGUUUUGAAUCUCUUGCAGACGCAAUCCAACUCCUUCCAAAUGAAAUGGUCCUCCCAAGAACUGGAAUGUUUUCUCAAGGGCCUGGAGAAAUACGGCAAGGAGUUUAGUAAAAUUUCCAAGGAGCUCACCACAAAAUCCACCGGAGAAUGUGUACAAAUGUAUUAUUUCUGGAAGAAGCUAUGUGUGGACUAUAAAGUGACCCACCUCAAAACGGAGACACCACCCCAGAUCCAGCCCCAUACAGUCGACCCCAAGCCCUAUGUAUGUGAAAUACCCGAUUGUUCAGCGAGCUUUUCCUCAAAAGCUGCGUUGCAUGGUCACACACGCAUUCACACCUAUGGUCGUAAUGCCCACAGCAACAAUCAGAACAGCAACAGUAGCAGCCAUAACCAAGCUAGCAAUUCCAAUAACAGUAACAACAACAACAAUCCAAGCAACAACACUAAUCCCAAUGCCACAACAGCCACAGCCUCAUCCUCCUCAGCAAAUCACCAGCAUCACCAACAUCAUCAUGGUAAUCAGAAUGCUGCCGGAAAUGCCGGUUCCAAUGCAUUGCCAACGACAAACGGUGGCAAUCAGACACUGGGCGGGCCAGGCAAUGCCAAUUCCAAAGAUCCCAACAAUGCCAACAACAAAGACAUAACCGAAUUUCCCUGCAAGGUGUGCGGCAAAGUAUUCAAUAAAAUUAAGAGUCGCAGUGCCCACAUGAAGACCCAUCGUGUUACGGACAAUGAAACCUCGGUACAAAUUACAAAUAAUCAAAAUCAUGCCGUGCAACAGCAACAUAAUCAACAACAGCAACAGCAACAGCACCAGUCCCAGCAACAACAACAACAACCAUAACAAAAGAUUUAAUAAAACAAAAGGUGAAAAUACAAAUUCAAGAAAAUCCAAUAUUCCUACAGAAACAACAACAACAAAAACCCUAAGAAAUUUCAAACAACAAAAUAGAAGAAAAAAAAUUAAAAGCAAAAAUCAUAGAUAAUGUGUAGAGAAAACAAAAAUGUUAAAUGACAAUCGCCACUAAAGCAAAAAAAAAAACAAAAAAAAAAAAACUAAAAUUUAUUAAUAAUAAUUUCAAUAUUUUUUCUUACAACACACAGACACACAAAUGGCCAGCUAAGUGAGAAGGAAAAAACUUGGUAAACUAAGUUAAAUAAAAAAAUAAAAUAAAAAACUUUUGUUAUAGCUAAUAAUUUUGAAACAGCAUUUCAAUGUCAACGACAACAACAACAACAAGUUAGAGCAUAAACUUGGAAAUUAUUUAAAUGACAUUUAGUCUCAAUUUUAUGUUAAUUUAGUAAAAAAUAAAAGUCUAAAGUACUUAUUUUCUUGCCAAAGAUUUAAGGCUCUAAGCGUUGUUCAAUGUCUUAUUUUUAUAACAAUACUAGUCAUAUACAACAUAUAUGUUUAUUGAUUUAUAUAUAUUUUUAAAUUAUUUUUUAAAUUAAUUUGUUUAACUUUUUUAAUUUUAAUAUUUACACGUGAUAACGAGUGAGAUUUAA